ACUAAAUAAUUGUAGACUGAAGAGUAAAGUCGGAAGUGAAGGCUGUGACUCGUGUGAGUGUGAAGCUCAGAGCUUUUAUCGAGUCGACUGCUGCUGUUCAAACCAGGGAGUAGUACCUACUCCCUGUUUGAAACCCUCAAAGCCAAACUAUGAAAGGGCCUCAUUCCAUCGACUGAUUACUCCUCUUUUCCAGAAUGUCAUCAAAAUUGUUUGGAUCCGUCGUCUAUUAUCUUCAAGGCGAAGAAAACGAUGAGGUGAAGCAGUUGCUGAAAAAUGGUGGUGCAAAGCGUGAGUUCCACCUUACCGAUAUGGUCACCCAUGUCAUCGGUAGCUCUCCUUCAGAUUCGCUGGAGCUGGAUGAUUUGGAUGUUCCGGUGGUAUCUGUGAAUUGGGUCAAGGCAUCAUCUGCUUGCAGUACUCUUCUCCCAUGUGCACCAUAUUUGGUCUCAACGACACAGCUCUUUUCUGGGAUUGUGGCUUGUCCGUCGCAGAUGUCUAGGCAGGACCGCCUGCAUCUGUGGGGAAUGCUGACGUAUCAUGGCGGCCGUAUGAAACUCCAGCUGGACAGUGCCUGUACACACUUGCUUAUCCCUGAACCCACCGGUGCCAAGUUCAUUCACGCCUGUAAGCGUUACGGCCAAAUAGCAGUCAUCACGCCCGACUGGGUACUGGACAGCAUCCAGGAAGGGAAGCUCUUACCACUGGAUGACUAUCGGCUUGCCGCUGGUCCUACUGUUAGCCAGGGAUUGGCAGAUGGUGCCGCAUCAGCUGACAUGGAUGACACGAUUGAUCCGUCGGCUUUGAGCGAUGGCAGCGCGGCAUCCAGUGUGAUUGUGAAGCCAGAGGUGUGCAUCUCUGCCCCGCUCUCCUCGACACCUGUAGAGCCUGCACAAGCAGGGAACUACAACCCGGCGUAUGUGUCAAGAACACCAUCUCCGAUGAUGCAGCACCAGCUGCAGCCACCCGAUCCUAUGUUAGCUGCUGGUGCUGUGUCGAUUGACAAUAGCGGCGGUGGCAUCAGCCAGUCAAACAGUCCACCAUUCCUGGACCCACGGUUUGCCCUAUCCAUUAGCAAGCAAGAUGAGAGGGUGUCCAAUGCUCGGCAUACUCGUCACCUAUCGUCCACUACCGUCGACGUCACACCUACAAAGCUUGUCAGUCCAACAACUAUGAUUGCUGCAGCCCACGACAGCAGUAAAGAUGGCAGCAGCAGCACCGUUAACCCCAAGCCAACGCAGUCGCAGGCAGCUGUCUCAGCCUCUAAACAGUCCGUUACCCCAUCUGGUUCAGUGAGAGGGGCAGAAGUAGCACCGCCAGCCAAGACUACGGUCCAGACUCCGGAAUCAGCAGCUACCAAAGCCAUCGCAAAAGAUGUGCUCAAAGGUGCCUUCCUCAUCUUCACGGAUUACCAGCAGAACAUGGAUGCGGCGACCUUGGAUCAGUGGAAGCGGGUAGUCAUGGACAGUGGUGGUAUUGUCCUGGAUGAGUACUCUCAGCAGUGCACACACGUCCUGGCCAUGUAUCAGGCUGGACCGAUUUAUGAGCAGGCGCUGAAAGACGGAAAGAAGAUUGUUGCUGCACACUGGCUCAAUGACGUCCUGGAGUGCGGGAAGAUGUUCACACCAAUGCUCGUCGUGCAUUUCCCAACAGUUUUCCACGACUGUGUUGCCGGCUGUCCAAGCAUGGUCAUUUCCCUGUCAGGGUAUGUCGGAUCUCAGCGGCACUCUGUACGUGACAUGGUACAGAUGUCUGGAGCCGAGUUUACAAAUACGCUGUGUCGCAGGAACACACACCUCAUCUGCAAGAAGCCUGAAGGCAUGAAAUACAAGCGCGCUCUUGAGUGGGGAAUUCCCGUCGUCAACGGCAGAUGGAUGUCCGACUUAGUAAUGCACAAUACAAUUCCGGAUGUCACUUUACCCCAGUACAAAGAGUUUGGUCGUGAGGAUGAGCUGAACGUCAGCCAGCAGUGGGCACGUCCUUUGUUAGCUGCCUGGAUACCGAAACCCAAGGAAGUCAAGGUGAACGUUGUAAGGACUGUCAUGUCAUCACCCGAGACCCAGACGUCAGCGCCACCAGCAAAGAGGGAAAAAGUCGCUGUUCGUCGAGUAAUGUUUACCACACUCCCAGCAGCGCUCAGUAAGGAUCUGAGGAAGUCAGUUGUGCAGCUUGGCGGCACCGUGGUAACCGAUGUGCGAGAGUGCACCCACCUGGUGGCACGCCGCGUAGCUCGCACAGUCAAGUUCAUGGCAGCCGUCUCCGUCGCUAAGUUCAUACUCGACCCACAAUGGAUCAGCGAUAGUAAACUGGAAGGAAAGUUCCUCAACGAAGGCCUGUACACGUUGCGAGAUCACGAAGGCGAGCAGCAGAUGGGCUUCUCACUCGCGGCUAGUCUGCAUCGUCGUGCGAUACGCAAUCGUCCUCUGUUUCAAGGCCUGACUGUGUACUGCACGUCCAGUGUUGAACCUCCGGCCAAGGACAUGCGUCUUGUUGUGGAGUGUGCCGGUGGUGUGCUGCUGGAGACAAUGCCAAGCGAAGACGAGUUGGAGUUGCUUCGGAGCAGUCCAGAGGGUAAUGUCCGGCUGGUAGUGCUGUCAACUGCGCAGGACGUGAAGCUGUGCAAACCGUUCUUACGCUAUGGAAUAGAUAUCCAUACUCCUGAAGUAAUACUUGAAUCAGCCUUGACACAAGAAAUGGAUCUAAGCAGGAAUCUUCUGAUUUCUCAAACGUAACCAAUGUCACAUUCUUCGGCAGCCGUUUUGCACAGUAAGCCGUGUAGCUCGUGGUAUUCAGAUUUUUAGGAUUUUUAUAUUCAGGAUUAUUAGGGGACUCUGUCGUUUUAGCUGCAAGUAAAAUCCUCUUCAUGUGAUUACUCAUGAAAACUCAACGCCACACCAGCCGUAAUAUACCCCCCCCCCCCCCGUCUUUCUCUCAGCUUUGUCCUCUUUUCUGCUGUUUAGUGGUUUUGCAGAAAUUUUAGUUACCUGCCCUGCGUUUGUCCCUUCUGCCCCUGUGGCUGGUCUCUUCCUUGCCUACCCUCUACCCUCCCUCAGUCUUCUUCAGCAUUGUCCAUCGCCCUCGAUCUAGUCUAGUGUUUUUUUACGGUAGUGCAGUAGGUUUUCUAAUAAUUAUAUUUUCGUUGUGUUCUGGUCACCUGGCUUUUCAGUGGCAUUCGUGUAGACUUUAGGAUUUUUUCUUAGUAGGCUUAGGUAUGUAGGUUGCGUGUGUGUUUGCUGCCUUGCGCCUGCACUUGGUUGGGUUUCCGUUGUUCCCGGCUUGUGGGUUUUGAGAAAGAAUUGACUUUUCUUGGAAAGACUUAGA